AUGGUUCUUGGUGCUCUUGGUGGAAUGGGUGCUGCGACCGUUUGCCAUCCCCUGGAUGUUGUUCGUGUGCAGAUGCAGAUUGAUGGAGGUGGCGGAACAGCCAAGGCAUACAAGAACCCUCUCGAUGCCACCAUUCAGAUUGUGAAGCGCAAAGGCUUCUUCAAGGGUCUCUACACUGGUAUCGAUGCUGCUUACUUGAGACAGUGGACGUAUGGCUCUUGCAGAGUCGGAAUUUAUGCCUGGCUCCUGAACAAGUUCAGCAAGAAGGACGAGAAGGUCAGCUUUGAGAAGAAGCUUGUGAUGGGAUCAGUCGCUGGUGCCAUCGGCUCGAUGGCUGGUCUCCCCUCCGAGGUCUCCCUUGUUCGCAUGUCUGCAGAUUCCAAGCUUGCGCCUGAGCUGCAGAGGAACUACAAGAGCUGCCUCGACUGCAUCGUUCGCAUUGCCAAGGAAGAGGGACCCUUGAAGCUCUGGUCCGGCGGCACCCCCACUGUCAUUCGUGCUACUUUGUUGUCUGCCAGUGUUUUGGGAUGCUACUCUGAAUCCAAGGAGCAACUCCACAAGAAAUUUCCUCAGAUCUUCCCUGACAAGGACGGCAUUCCUUUGAUGUUCACUGGCACCAUGUUUGCCAGCUUCGUCGCGAACUUGGUUUCUAACCCGUUCGAUGUGGUCAAGUCUCGUGUUCAGAACAUGCCCAAGCCUCUUCCAGGCCAGGAGGCCAUGUACAAGAGUAUGACUGACUGCUUUGUCAAGACCGUCAAGAGCGAGGGCUUCCCUGCACUCUACAAGGGAUUCACCCCUGCCUUCUUGAAGCUUGCGCCGUACACCACGAUUUCGCUUAUUCUUACCGACAAGUUGAGCAAGGCUCUCUUGGGCCAAUCAGCGCUCUAA